AUGAUUGUGUUUGAAGAAUAAGAACUACCGGAGCCUAUUGUUAAAUUUAAAUUUGUUACAUGUAGAACUUUGAUAAGAAACCGUAGGUAAAAUUUGAGUUUUAUCUAAUUAGAACCUAAAUGAAUUUCCAUUACUAGUUUGAAUUCUCUUAUAAGUUGUCAUAAAUUAAUUAUUAGGAUCAAGAGUAAAAAGCUCACUUGUAUAACCACUUGUGGCUACCCUUUAAUUUAUUUAAGGAAAAGCUUCUUCACUAGCCAAUAUUAUUUAAUAAUCCAGAUGAAUUAAAUUUGAAAUAUCACUAUUAAUACCCAAAGUUACUUAAGUUGAAGUUAAUGCAAUAAUCUAUUUAAAAUAUAUAAUUUACAGAUAGAUCAAUUUUAAAUGAUCCGUUAUAACCAAUAAUCAUUAUAGAAGCAAUUGCUUUUUUUGUGUUUGGAUUUUAAAUUGGAUAUUAUUUAGAAGCAAUUAAUUUUUUGCAUUUGUCUCAAUGA